AUGAGAAAACUCCUGAAAACCGCCAUUGCCGAUGUGAACAAAAUAACAUGUGACGAUGCCGCCAAGUCAUCCAUCCCAUUUAAGGAAAAGUUAAAAUCAUUAAUUAUAAAAAAUAUAGACAAAUUUGAAAAUGAGGAAAUUUUGAAAAUAAUAGAAAAUUACAAUGGAAACAAUGGGAACGACAGGAAAAUCCUAAAAAGCAGUUACGACGUUUUUAAAAACAAUAUACACCGGUACUCCUUUGACCAAAUAAAUAGAAUGCUCAGGUUGUACAAUACGUCCCAAGUGUAUGACAACCAGUUUAAUGUGUCCAUCCUUGGUUACCUAAUUAAGAGGCUGAAUGCGAUGCCCGCUAGCGUGGCCGUGAACAUAUUUCAUAGUAAGUCCCAUGAUUUGGUGAAAGCCGGCCUAAGAGACCACAAAAGCAUUGAGCCAAUUAAAGACCAUUUUGAGAAAAAUCUAGAUGGGUACAAUACCCUCGAUUUAACAAUUAUUUUAAGUUCGUUUACCAUGUUGCAGGAGGACAUUAUAAUGAACUUUGCAAAUGGAGGAGUCAACGAGAAUUCCCAACCCCCAAAGGUGAAGAACUCCCCAGAAUGCACCUUCAAUUACAACGAAAUUAUCGUGGUCAUACUGAAUAAAAUAAAAAAUGAUGAAGACAUUCACAACAAUUUGAGUGUGGUAAAUUCCAUCCUCAUACUAAACAUGAUUAGCCGAUUAAAUGUUAACAAUUAUGAGAUUUUUAAAUUUUUUACAAAAAAAUAUUAUAAAAAUUUAAACGAAAGAGAUGUAGAACCACACCACCUAACCCUGCUGCUGAACUCAUUUGCAAAAUGCAACAUAAAUAUUAACAUUCUCAAAUAUAUAAUUAAAUAUAUGAACAAGGACAAUUUCAUUAACCAGCUGUCCUACGUAAAUAUUACAAAUGCAGUUCACUACAUGGCCAAAUUUAACUAUAAAAAUAUUUCCUUCUUAAAUCGACUGAAGGAUAAAGUGAUCGAAAUGGUUGACACAAUUCCGCAACGGGAAUUCAGUAACAUCAUGUGGUCUUUAUCGAAGUUAAAAGUUAAAGACGAUAAGUUUUAUUUUGUUUCUCUGCGGAAAGUUAAGGAAAUAAUCCCUUCCAUGGAUAUGAUGUCCAUCGCCCAAGUGUUAGAUGCACUACGACGAAGGAAUUUAUCAACUGAGGUGUCCUUUUUAGACAAACUGCUCGAUCCCCAGGUGGCUAAAAAGGACACUUGUGAUUUGCCCAACAAAUAUCAAGAAUCUCAAAAACAUAACAAAGCAGUUACGAAUAAGAGUGUAGAAUUAGUGGACAAAAAGGAAGAUGCACAAACAGCUCACAAUACAGCUGAUGAAGUAAAUUGCCAAUACCCGCAUCCGGGGCAGGAUAACAACGCACCUGCAAAUAACGCACCUGCAAAUAACACACCAGCAAAUAACACACCUGCAAAUAACACACCUACAAAUAACACACCUGCAAAUAACGCACCUGUACAAAGAACAGAAGAGUCGCCCCCAAGUAAGGUUCACAACGUAUGCCACGUUCCCAUCGAAUUAGAAAAAGAUGUCAUCGAUUUGUUAAUACAGAAAUAUUUGGAAAAUAUAGAGCGCUGUUCACUCCAUGUGUUGACACAGGUCCCAUUUUGCUGCCUCCAACUGAACUGCACCAAUUAUGACAUUUAUCACAAAUCUCUUGAAGUUCUGAGGCGGAAAAAAAAAUAUAUGAGCACCUUAAAUUUAAUAUAUGCAAGGUACUUCAUAAGGAUUCUCAUAGAAAAGCAAGAGGAUAAUUUCCAAAAAUUGCCUCGCUCGGUUAAGCAAUUCGCCCGGGAAAUCAUGAACUCGGAUAGCACGUAG